CACUAUCAUUUUGCCACGCGUAGAUGAUCUUCCCAAAAUCCUCUUUGGCUGCCGACAGAGGAAUUACGUAGCUAGCAUACGUUCAAUCACGCAAGCUUCACCGUGCACUCACCAAUCCGAAAACUUGGUAUUAAAGAGAUUGCCUAACUCGGUUUUCCCUAUCAUACUUAAAUAAUGAUCUUCGGAUUGGUUAUUAUCAACUUUUACACAAGUGGUCGUAUUGUUUGUUGAAUGAAAUGGAAAGGUAUGAGGAAUUAAAACACAUAGGAUCGGGGAACUUCGGUGUAGCAAAACUUGUAAAGCAUAAACAAUCUGGCGAGCUUUAUGCUGUCAAGUAUAUUGAGAGAGGCCCUAAGAUUGAUGAGCAUGUCGAAAGGGAGAUUCUGAACCAUAGAUCACUUACGCACCCACAUAUUAUCAGAUUCAAGGAGGUGUUACUAACGGAAACUCAUCUGGCCAUAGUCAUGGAGUAUGCAGCUGGAGGAGAGUUGUUCGACAGAAUUACUACUGCUGGUAGAUUCAGUGAGGACGAGGCAAGGUUUUUCUUCCAACAACUAAUAUCAGGCGUGAGUUACUGCCAUUCAAUGCAAAUUUGCCAUAGAGAUCUCAAACUAGAAAAUGCACUUUUGGAUGGGAGCUCAACACCACGUCUUAAAAUCUGCGACUUCGGAUACUCUAAGUCCUCAGUGUUUCACUCGCAGCCCAAAUCUACGGUUGGGACACCUGCAUAUAUUGCACCCGAAGUCUUGUCAAGAAAAGAAUAUGAUGGCAAGAUGGCAGAUGUUUGGUCUUGUGGGGUUACAUUGUAUGUGAUGCUUGUUGGUGCUUAUCCAUUCGAAGAUGAAGAUGAUCCAAAAAAUUUCCGAAAAACACUCACCCGUAUACUUAGUGUCCAAUAUUCAAUCCCAGACUACGUUCGAGUUUCUGAGGACUGUAAGCAUCUUCUAUCUCGAAUAUUUGUAGGGAGCCCCGAUAAGAGAAUAACUAUACCAGAGAUUCAGAAGCAUCCAUGGUUCUUGAAGGAGCUGCCAGUUGAACUCAUUGAUGGAGAUGAAUCCAUCUUGGAUAUGGACAAGGAAACCCAUGUUUUGCAAAGUAUCAAAGAAGUAAAAGAAAUAGUACAAGAAGCUAGAAGAUGUACAUUGGGGACUAAGGAUAAAGAGAGGAAUAUGGAUCUUGAAGAUGAUAUCGAUACUGAUGCUGAGAUCGAUGAUGAUAUAGAGACAAGUGGGGAUUUUGUCUGUGCAUUAUAAGAGUUGGGUUCUUCGCGUCACUACAUGGAAGUAAAUGAUAUGAGAAGGAUAGUUAUCAUGAUUAAUUAGAAGCUUGUAGUGUUCAUAUAGCUUAUGGAAUUCAAGGACUUCUUUUCCUUGUGUCGUGCAAGAAUAAAGCCCUAGUACUUCACGAGGAUAUCAAUAAUGGAGAUUGCGCCACAUGAUCUCGAACCUAUCAUGAAAAAAAUCAGUCAUGUGGUAUAAGUUUGCUCCAAGUCAUAUGUUAUGAAAAAGAUAAAAUAAUACAUAAAUGAAGUGACACCUUAGUUUA